UGGCAAAAAAAACCCAACCCAAAACUCUGCCAAAUAUGUUUGAAAGUAUGAAAUAAAAGGUUAAGAUCUAGUGGGAAGGAAAGACUAGCGAAUAUUAAUUUUUCAGUUUAUCAGAGAAGGCAGAAUCUAAACUGGAACAACUCAGCUGGAACAGGAAUGAAAAAGCAUUAGAUUUCCAAACCCCACCUCCAUUUAAAUAACUUUUACCUGCUCUGCAGGUAAAGAUAUACCCACACAUAUAUAUACCCACACAAAUAUAUACCCUCCUCUCUCUUUCUCUACGGCUAUGCCUACAAUCCACACAUGCAUACGGAUUUUAUCCCACCAUCUUUCCAGGAUAUAAUAGCAUCGUUGAAAAGGAAUAGUGUAACUAUAGGUUUCAACCCAGUCUGAUCUGCACAGUUGUCAUCCAUGAUGUGGGAACUCCGCUCUGUGGCCUUCACUCGAGCUAUCCUUGCUGAAUUCUUAGCCACACUCCUCUUUGUCUUCUUUGGCCUGGGCUCAGCUCUGAACUGGCCUGCUUCCCCACCCAAUGUCCUCCAGAUCUCCUUCGCAUUUGGCUUGGCCAUUGGUACCUUGGUUCAAGCGGUGGGUCAUGUCAGCGGAGCCCAUAUCAACCCUGCAGUGACAGUGGCCUGCUUGGUGGGCUCUCAAGUCUCUUUCCUCAGGGCCAUCUUCUACGUGGUGGCACAGAUCCUAGGAGCUGUUACGGGGGCUGCUCUCCUGCAUCAAAUCACUCCGCCUCAUAUUCGGGGCAGCUUGGCCAUCAACAGGGUGCAAAAUAACACAACGUCAGGGCAAGCUGUCGCCAUGGAGAUUUUCCUCACUUUUCAAUUGGUCCUGUGCAUUUUUGCCUCCACUGAUGAUCAUAGGACCGACAAUCUGGGAUCCCCAGCUUUGUCCAUUGGUUUCUCGGUUGUCCUGGGUCACCUCAUUGGGAUCUACUACACUGGCUGUUCCAUGAAUCCUGCUAGAUCUUUUGCCCCUGCUGUGAUUCUUGGUGAAUUUGACAACCAUUGGGUCUUCUGGCUGGGUCCCAUGGUUGGAGCAGUGGUGGCUUCCUUGCUCUACAAUUAUGCUUUCUUCCCUCAUAGAAAGACUCUGUCAGAGAGGCUAGCGAUCUUCAAAGGCUAUGAGCCAGAGGAGGACUGGGAAGAGCGUGAAGUUCGCAGGAGGCAGUCAAUGGAGCUGCACUCUCCCCAGACUUUGCCUCGGGGAGUGAUGGAAAAAGUCUAAAGAUCCUGAGAGCCAGUAAAAGGAGCAGGUCAUAGCUAACCAUCUUCUUCUGAGCCAAAUACACAUCCGUAUAUGCUACAGAUACAGAGUGUGUAUUAAGAUCUUCUUGGAUCCGAGUGGCUCUUCAUCUAUUAUGGACAUCCAAGUGUGUAUCCGUUUUCACCUCAAAUUGUAAAAGAUGUACCUUUUGAUCUCCAGGAUGUUGACCUAGAUCAAAAGGAGCACGUAGCAGCUGUUUGUAUACGCUGAUGAAAGAAUUCACCGAUUGUUUUCUUAUUCUCUGGUUCAAGCUAGCUAAAUUUCACAUCAAGGUUUUCUAGAACCUUGCAUGAAGGAUUCUAGAAAUUCUUUAUCUCCCUCCCUCCCUCCCUCCAUCA